AUGGGGCUGUUUGAUGAUGACAUUGCAUUCCACUCUAAUAUACCUGUAGCAGUGGAUAUAACAGUGGCCGUUGUGUACUCUAUAUUUGGAGUCUGUUCUUUGUUUGGCAACAGCACAUUGCUGUAUGUCUCCUACAAGAAAAGGCACCUGCUGAAGCCUGCUGAGUUCUUCAUCAUCAACCUAGCCAUCAGUGACAUGGGCCUGACUCUGUCCCUCUACCCCAUGGCGAUAACUUCGAGCUUCUACCACAGGUGGCUGUAUGGGAAAACAGUGUGCUACAUAUACGCUUUUUGUGGCAUGUUGUUUGGCAUCUGCAGUCUGACCACUCUGACCUUGCUGAGCAUGGUGUGUUUUGUGAAAGUAUGUUAUCCUCUCUAUGGAAACAGGUUUAACUCCGUCCAUGGCCGGCUGCUGAUUGCCUGUGCUUGGGCCUAUGCCUUGCUAUUUGCCUGCUCCCCAUUGGCCCACUGGGGGGAGUAUGGACCAGAACCUUAUGGCACCGCCUGUUGCAUUGACUGGCGCCUCUCCAAUCAGCACACUAAAGCACGCUCCUACACGAUGGCACUAUUCAUUUUCUGCUACAUCCUCCCAUGCUGUGUUAUUGUAGCAUCCUACACAAGCAUCCUGGUCACAGUGCGUGCGUCCCGCAAGACGAUGGAGCAGCAUGCAUCCAGGCAGACGCAUAUGAGCAACAUCCAGACAAUUAUUGUUAAGCUAAGUGUUGCUGUUUGCAUUGGGUUUUUUGCGGCAUGGAGUCCCUAUGCUGUAGUAUCCAUGUGGGCUGCCUUUGGACACAUUGAGAACAUCCCUCCCCUGGCAUUCGCCAUGCCGGCCAUGUUUGCCAAAUCCUCAACCAUCUACAACCCAGUCAUCUAUCUAAUGCUAAGGCCAAACUUUCGUAAGGUCAUGUACAGGGACCUGGGUACUCUGCGUCGUGCCUUUCUGAAGGGCUGCCGCUGCUCCCAGGGCCCAUCAAAGUGUCGCUCCAAACCAGUGAUCAGGGUCAACCUCUGGACGAUCCGCAGACAGACCAGCCAGCCCUGUUCCAACAAGUCCUCUGCCCAACCUCCUAUGGUAGCCUCAAAGUGUGACGAUGGCUGUGAGAAUUGUAAGGAUGCUUUUGAAUGCUUCAGACACUAUCCUCGAGGGUGCCACCUCACUAAUCCUGCAAACAUUGGCGACACGACUAAAGAUCAAGCAACUCCAGUCCCAGAGUUACAAACAAAUAAGCAAAAGACACAGAGUAUAUGUAAUAAAAAAUCUCUUCGGGCCACUAUGCGUGGAAAAAGGACAUCAGAGAUAGACAACCUGCAGAUCAAUCUAGAGAUGGUACCAGGGCAUGCCAAAGUGGCCUGGCCCUGA